AGGAUGUAAAGGUUCUGCUGAACUGAGCAGAAGAACUGAGCUCCAUGUGAUCGAAAGCUCAGCAGCAAGGUGAAACUGGUGUUCAGGUUCAGUUUGAAUGGAUUCUGUCUAAAGGAUACAUCUGGAGCAGCGUUUUGGACUUUAUGCUUAGUUCGGUGCAACCGAAACAUCGGUGGACUAAAAGUAGCGUCGUAUUACUGCUCUACAGGCAGCACGUAGAUUAUGAAGAGGAAGAUGAAGACUAGAAGGUGCAUGGAGACAGACAGAGGUUGAUCUUUUACGCAUGUUGAAAAUGUGUGGCAUCUGGGCUUUGUUUGGCAGCGAUGAGUGCUUGUCAGUUCAGUGCACGUGUGCCAUGAAGAUCGCUCACAGGGGCCCCGACGCUUUCCGCUUUGAAAAUGUCAACGGCUUCACCAGCUGCUGCUUUGGCUUCCACCGGCUGGCCAUUGUGGAUCCGCUGCAUGGUAUGCAGCCGCUACGCGUCAAGACGUUUCCUUACUUGUGGCUCUGCUACAACGGAGAGAUUUACAACCACCAAACACUGAAGACGCAGUUUGACUUUGACUGUCAGACUCAGAUGGAUGGGGAAGUUCUGCUUCAUCUGUAUGAUCGCUUUGGAAUCAAGAAGAUGGCUUCUCUCUUGGAUGGAGUCUUUGCUUUCAUUCUGCUGGACACAGCCAACAGAAAGGUCCAUCUGGGAAGAGACACGUACGGUGUCCGACCGUUGUUCAAGUUCCUCGCCGAUGAUGGCUUCCUUGCAGUCUGCUCAGAGGCCAAAGGUCUUACACAGAUCACCCACUCAAUAGAAACCACUGCCACCAUUGUUCCCUUUCUCCCUGGGCACUUUGAGGUCUUUGACCUGAAGCUAAACGGCAAAGUUCAGUCUAUUCAGUUUGAGCAGUUUCACUGCUGUACCAGAGAGCCGGCUCAUGCCCUCUACGACACGGUGGAGGGACUGUCUUCAGGUGUCGAUAAGGAAACGGUGAAACGUAACAUCAGGAGUCUGUUUGAAAACGCUGUGAGGAAACGCCUUAUGGCUCACAGACGAAUUGGUUGUCUCCUGUCAGGUGGUCUGGACUCAAGUUUGGUGGCAGCCAUGCUGCUGAAACUGUCCAAAGAAGAGAAGCUGCCGUAUUCCAUUCAGACGUUUUCCAUCGGGUCAGAGGACAGUCCUGAUGUCAUAGCUGCUGAAAAGGUGGCGGCUCACAUUGGCAGUGAGCACCAUAAGGUGGAAUUCACAGCAGAGGAAGGCAUCAAAGCUGUGGAGGACGUCAUUUUCCACCUGGAGACCUACGACAUCACCACCAUCCGUGCUUCUGUUGGGAUGUACUUGGUAUCGAAGUACAUCAAGGAGAAGACAGACAGUGUAGUGAUCUUCUCUGGAGAAGGAUCUGAUGAGCUGACUCAGGGAUACCUUUACUUCCACAAGGCUCCAAGUGCCAAAGCAGGAGCAGAGGACAGCGUUCGUCUCUUAAAGGAGCUCUUCUUGUUUGAUGUUCUUCGUGCUGAUCGGACUACUGCUGCCCACGGUUUGGAGCUCAGAGUACCUUUCUUGGACCACAGAUUCACAGCGUACUACCUUUCUCUUCCUGAGAAGAUGAGAACUCCUAAGGAUGGAGUGGAGAAACACCUUCUCAGGGACUCUUUCAAAGGCCAAAACUUGAUUCCUGAUGAGAUCCUGUGGAGACGGAAAGAAGCCUUCAGUGAUGGUGUGAUGUCUGAGAAGAAGUCCUGGUACACCUGCCUGCAGGAACAUCUCUACUCUUUGGUGAAUGAUGACCAGAUGGAGAAGGCUGAGAAGACUUUCCCCCACAUCCCACCAAAAACCAAAGAGGCCUACUACUACAGGCAGGUGUUUGAGAAGUUUUACCCAGGCCAGGCCAAGUGGCUGUCCCAUUACUGGAUGCCUCGUUGGAUCAGCGCCACUGACCCAUCAGCGAGGACCCUGUCAUUCUACAAACCUGACAAAGACCAGUGAUUGGCUGCAGCUUCUGUUUGUGAUUUUUGGGUUUGUUUCUGCCGUUGUAUUAAAAUCCUUUGGAGCUUCUGAAACUGAGCUAGUUGUAUGUGAGGAUGUCAUGUUGUGAUUGACUGUCAGGGGUUUGCUGGUGUUUGAGCUGGACUGUGGGACUCUUUUCAUUCAUUAUGGAAUAGCACUUAUAUUUUCCUUUAGUCCACAGCUGGACAAAUGUCAAAUCAUCAAGACAGCUUAGGUGUUCAGCUUCAAAUUUGGUUUAUUUUUUUUAACUUGCUGUUAGCUCUUUCAGAGGGAACACCAUGAUGAUCUCCUGUAGUCCAUCAAACGUCCACCAGCAUCCCUGCAGCGUUUGGCUUCUCCACUGAUUCUCCCACAAGAAACUGAACUUGACAGCUUGGCUAACACCUAUGCAUCCUGGAAGCUCAGUUAAAUAAAGGCAAAGUCCAUGAAACAA